UCUAUGUCUGUGUGAAAAGAGAUAUUUUGUAGAAUACGUGUCUUCUAAAGGACAAUUGUACGUUGUUUUGUAAUGCCUAGAUCUGCCGGAUGUACGUGACUGCACGAUCAAUAUCGCGUCAGACAUAUCAUAACUGCACAUUAUUUUAAGUGUGAUAAAUCAUGAGUUGGUAUCAUACGUACAUAGCCCUCGACGCAAGUCAAUACAAUACAUACCAUAGACGAAAUAUGCUGUCRCGUAGAAGAUCUCGUUCUCCUGUUCGAUUCCURGAAUGCAGAGUUGUACUACUCGACAAUUCCGAGUUUUGUACGACGUUCGAAUCCGGUGAAAUCGAAGCUAGRAACCUGUUUGAUCAGGUAUGCGUAAAAGCUCAAAUACCUCCGAAAUUCCGCAAGUAUUUCGGGCUACAAUAUGUCGAUCGCAAAGACGGUGAGAUGUCGUGGGUUUUGCUGGAYAGRCCUAUCCGCGUAUCAAAAAAGAGAGGAAAGUCAAGAAAUUUUCAGUUGGCUGUAAAGGUGUUUCCCGAAGACCCUGUCAAGAUCGUGGAACAUUCAAUCUCAACUUCACGAUGGCUUGUUUUUCAACUGAAGUACCUUAUCACUCAAGGGAAACUGCAUCUACCACUAGAUCAACAUGCAGUUUUGGAUAGUUAUUUCGCUCAGGCAGRCCUAGGAGACUACACAGCUCAAGAUCAUGGCUAUGGCUACCUGGAYGGCUUYCUAGGCUCGACUUUUUUCGCGCARCCAAGCUACAUUAAUUCAAAUUUAGAAAUCAGCGAUUCAGCAUAUGAGAAYAUGGUCACGAACCUACACAAGUCACGCAAUGGCAUGAAGACCCAUGAGGCUUUGAUGGCGUUCUUAGAUCUAUGUCACGRAAGCAAACUGUACGGMAAAUUCAUCCACAAGGGUGCUACAGACAGCUCGAACAACGAUGUUCUUUUUGUMAUCUCCAUCAAGGGACUGCAAGUAUCUGUYCCAGAUGAGUUUCGCGAACCYGGGGAGUUGCUACACGACUUCCCAUGGGGUGUGGUCCAUACUAUUCUCUCUGACAAAUCCAAYCUUAUAUUAACUAUUAAACCAAACGGUGUCGGCACCGGUCCUGAGAUUAUCUACACUUUCAAAUUCCAUGGACAUUUUGCUUACCUUCAAGCCGACCGAGUCGUCACAGAUUGUGUGAAUCAUAAGAUACUKGCKCUCAAUAAAGCGACCAUGGAAAGGAAAACUCUAAGGAGUCAAUCAAUGGAAGACGUAUCAAGAACCGACCAGUUAACGGUACCUACUACAGGCUGGAGACAUCAUUCUUACAGCCCAUUAAUGUCAUUGAGGAAGCAAAUGAGAGUCGGUGUGGAGCAGUUUGUUUAGACAUUGGUCAACUGAAGUAACAUGAGUUUUGUACAUAGAUAUAGUGUGGUGAAAUGUUAUGUAGAGUUCGGUUUUUGUUAUGAUUUCGAGGUGUUCGUGAUAUGCACAUAGAUGUCCGUAAUAUCGAGGUGUUUGCAAUAUAGAGGUGUCCGUGAUAUAGAGGUGCCUGUAGCAAAUAGUCACGUAAUAUAGAGAUGCCCGUAAUGUAGAGGUGUCCGAAAUAUCGAGGUGCUUGGAAUAUCGAGGUGUCCUUAAUAUAAAGAUACCCGGCGUAAUGUAGAGUUGUCCGAAAGAUAGAGGUGUGCAUGUAUGAUUGAGGUGUUCUAAAAUUAGAAUUAUCCGUAUUAGAAGAGGUUCCACUAAAAUGAUUUCCAGUCAUCAAUCAAACGUUUUGUAUUUGGAACGUUCUGAACACUCGAGGGGCUUCCGCUCGGAUGCGCAACAUUGAAAUGGCUUUUCGAUAUCUUUGAGUUGGUAUUUUGUCCACGCCUAGUUGAACUUUUAAGUCGCUAUUUUCUACUUUGAUCGUCAGUAUUAAUUGAUAGCACUAAAAUGGCUUUCCGUUUGUAACACUUAAGUGGCUUUCCAAGCUGUUCAAAUGCCAUAUUCCACUCCAAGRGUCGCAAAAAUGAAUCGAAAGAAACCSUUUUACUGUAAUUGAUGCAUCUACUUAAAGCGAGGAGACCUUCAAAAUAAGAUCUAUAAUUGAAAUCGUGGCAUUUCUUUUAUGGCAUUGAAAUGGCUUUUUGGUUUUUACAGSGUUGAAYUGGWGUACAAACAUUAAAAUUAAAUGCCACUCAAUACUGAUCAAUUAUGCUUAUUCAAUUUUUUACUAGUAAAUCAGCUCUAGURAGUAGUAAAUUAAUAAAAAAAACUAUUACUCAUAAUAGUAUUUUUAUCAUCUAGUUUUGCUAUGCAACAUUGUGUUGAUAUUUAUAUUAUGUAACUGAUAGAUGCGUUUCAAACGCCAAAUCUCACACGUGCUAAAGUCAAAGUUUAUCCAAUCUUUUACUGCUCAUUAUCUUUCCAUUUGUAGUUCGGUACAUGUGAGAUACGACGUUUUUAAGGAAAGGUACAGAAAAGUGCACCUUCAUCUCUGAAAAUUAAAUAUUUGUGUAAAAAGUCCUCACUCAAGCAAUGGGUUGACAAAGUGUAAUAAGCAAGCCUAGAUUAUAAGAAAGAGUGAGCCAUUGCAGAGAAAAAACUAGAAAUGUACAGUUUUAACUAAAAAUACUAAUUUUGAAAUAAAAUUGAGUUGUAGUUUGUUUCUCCGA